GCCAGAUUCGAGACACGCUCCAAGGACAUGGGACUCCAAGUUUAUCUUCUGCUUCUCCUCCCAUGGCUGGCAGGGGCCAUCCUGGACAUCACCCUGAUCGCCAACGUGCAGAGCCUGUCCCACUCCGACUUCUUCCUCUCCUGUGUCAUGGGGGAACGCGACGUGAGCUACCUGCAGAUCGAGCGGGAGAACAAGAUCGUGAUGACGCACCCCAGGACGGGCUUCCAAAACUACCGCAACCACAGCAACCACGUCCAGGCCAGGGGUUUCUCCAUGGCCGACCUGGUGGGGAUCCUCUACUGCCUGGGGCGUACCCCAACCGAGCAGGCCCAGGUGGUCUACGUGCACAACAGCCACAAUGCCCACCUCUUCCCGGUGAAGGCCACGCAGUCUGUGAAUGUCGCUGAACCGGCCACCUUCUCUGCCAGGGUCCUCAAGAGGAAGGAGACAGACGUUAUGUGGAAAAGAAAUGGCACCUACUACCAGACCACGGACCGGGGCGAGGUGAGGGGUGACCUUGUCACCCUGACACUCCCCAACGUCAGCGUGAGCGAAAAUGGGGUCUACAGUGCCACGUUCAUGGGGGACAGCCCUCUGUGGAGCGCCUUCUACCGCCUGAUCGUGCGAGCCUGCCCCGCAAAGAAAUGGGGACCAUCCUGCAAGAAGGACUGUCCUGACUGCCUGAACGGUGGCGUCUGCCACGACCACGUCGGCGAAUGCAUCUGCCCUCCCGGGUUCACGGGCACCCGCUGCGAGCGAGACUGGUUCCCCCAGAUCAUCCAACUGGCCUCAGAGCUGGAGUUCAACCUGGGCUCGGAGCCUGUCAUCAGCUGCGUGGCCACUGGCAACCCGCUGCCAGCCAGCGACAGCGUGGAGCUGCGCAAGGCUGAUGGCACCGUGCUCAAGCUCAUCAAAGCCAUCAUCGAGCCAGGGCAGAUCACCUGCGAGUUUCAGGUGCGGCACCUGACGAAGGCAGACACAGGGCUCUGGGAGUGCCGGGUCUCCACGACUGGGGGCCAGGACAGCCGGAAAGUCAAGGUCAACAUCCGAGUGCCGCCAGCACCCCUGAGCCCCCCGCGGCUGCUGGCCAAGCAGAGCCGCCAGCUCGUGGUGUCACCCGUGGACUGCUUCUCCGGUGACGGACCCAUUGUGUCCAUCAAGCUGCUCUACAAGCCCAAGGACGACACCUCAGCGUGGUCAUCCAUUGUGGUUGACAACAGCGAGAACAUCACCCUCAUGAACCUCCGUCCGGUGACCGCCUACGUUGUCAAGGUGCAGCUGAGCCGGCCGGGGGAUGGUGGGGAGGGCAGCAAGGGGCCCGAGGCCAUCAUGGUGACCGAGUGCCUUGAGCCCACAGUCAAGCCUGUGAUUGAAGGCUGGUCCAUAGAGGAGAAAAACACACUUCACAUCAAUUGGAAACUGCCAAGUAACCACGAGCCGGCACAUGGGUUCAUCGUCCGCCUCUUUGACUCUGCGAAGCGGCUGGUCUGUGAGAAAAAUAUCACAUCUAUCUCUGUGCUCUCCGCCCGCAUCGGGGACCUGGAGUUCAACAAGGAGUAUGGGCUGGAGGUACUGGUCUACCACUGCGCUAGCCUGGGGCCCCCCUCCGACCUCUACAGGGUCAUGAUCAACAGCAAAGGGCCCUCCUCCCCACGGUCGCUUUCGGCAGAGUCCGUGUCUGACACUGCCAUCAGGCUCUCCUGGCAGGUCCCCGAGUACCCAAAUGGGGGCAUCACCAAGUACAUUGUGGAGCUGCAGCAGGUGGGGGGCACUAGCGAGCCCCAGUGGAUCGACACUGACAGUGGCGCCGAGACCACCAAGAUCGUUGGAGGCCUCAACGCCAGCACCAGCUACCAGUUUCGUGUCCGGGCCAACUCCCAUGUUCCGGGGGAGUGGAGCCAGCCCGUGAAAGCCAAGACCUUGGGGGACGGAGCGCUGAGCGUGCCACCCAGCCUGGGCAGCCAGAGCACCGAGCAGGCGGGAAUAGACCAGCAGCUGCUCUUGGCCAUCGUCGGCUCCGUGUCCGUCACCUGCCUCACCAUCCUCUUUGCCCUCCUGGCGCUUUUCCUCAUCAAGAAGAAUUUUUUCCACCGGCGCCGCACCUUUACGUACCAGUCUGGCUCGGUGAGUGCUGCCUGCCCCUCCAGGACCAUGUCCCCAGCUCCCCACGUUCCGGCCCGAUCCAGGUCACGCUCCGUAGCCUCCAGUCCAGACGCAGCCAGACCUCACUGCCACAUGGAGAGGGGGGAAGAGACCAUCCUGCAGUUCAAUUCGGGGACCUUGACCCUGACACGCCGGCCCAAGCCGCAGCCUGAGCCCCUCAGCUACCCCAUUCUGGAGUGGGAAGACAUCAAGUUUGAGGAUAUGAUUGGGGAGGGCAACUUUGGGCAGGUCAUCAGGGCUAUGAUCAAAAAGGACGGCCUGAAAAUGAACGCGGCCAUCAAGAUGCUGAAAGAGUUUGCUUCGGAGAAUGACCAUCGGGACUUUGCCGGGGAGCUGGAGGUGCUGUGCAAACUGGGCCAUCACCCCAACAUCAUCAACUUGCUGGGUGCCUGCGAGAACAAGGGCUACCUGUACAUCGCCAUCGAGUAUGCUCCCUACGGAAACCUCCUCGACUUCCUCCGCAAAAGCCGAGUCCUGGAGACGGACCCGGCCUUUGCCAAGGAGCACGGCACUGCCUCCACCCUCACCUCCCAGCAGCUCCUCCAGUUUGCUUCGGACGUGGCCAAGGGGAUGCAGUACCUGAGCGAGAAGCAGUUCAUUCACAGGGACCUGGCAGCCAGGAAUAUCCUGGUGGGAGAAAACCUGGCCUCCAAGAUUGCCGACUUUGGCCUCUCCAGAGGGGAGGAGGUCUAUGUGAAGAAGACAAUGGGCCGCUUGCCGGUUCGCUGGAUGGCCAUUGAGUCCCUGAACUACAGCGUGUACACCACCAAGAGCGAUGUGUGGUCGUUUGGCGUCCUGCUCUGGGAGAUCGUCAGCUUGGGGGGGACGCCGUACUGCGGGAUGACAUGCGCCGAGCUCUACGAGAAGCUGCCCCAGGGCUACCGCAUGGAGAAGCCACGCAACUGUGACGAUGAGGUGUACGAGCUGAUGAGGCAGUGCUGGCGUGACCGCCCCUACGAGCGCCCGCCCUUCGCCCAGAUCUCCAUGCAGCUCAUCCGCAUGCUGGAGGCCAGGAAGGCCUACGUGAACAUGGCCCUGUUUGAGAACUUCACCUAUGCGGGGAUCGAUGCCACUGCCGAGGAGGCAUGA